AUGCUCUCUCUCGCCACUCGCACCGUUGCUCGUCGCGUCUCUGCCCAGCAAGCGCGCGCCAUCACCACGGCAGCUGCCAAGGCACCGACGGCUGCGCAACAAGCCGCACCCACAAAUUCGGCCAGCAUCACCACUCAGGCUGCAUCGAUUGCCCAGCCAGCACCCGUUGCUGCGACCCGCAACUACGCCGGCAAGGUCACCAUGCCCACAAGACAAUUCUCAACUCCAGCUUCCGAGUCGAUGCCAGGUCUUAGCCAAUCAGACGCUCGCCCUUCCAAGUUGGCAGCACAGCGCAUGGCAGAUGCCAAGGCUCUCGCUGGCUUCUAG